UUUUGCAGAGUCUUCGCUUUGUAACGUUUUGGAUUUUAUUUUAGUAAGGAAGUUUUAUUAAAAUGUAUUCGAUACCUAAAAAUUCUUUAUUAAAUGUAAAUGAAGAUACACUUGUAAGCAUUCGUAAGGAAUACGAUUUAGACAAACCAGGAAGAAUGGACGAAGCUAUAGAUGUAAUAGUCGAAUGGCUGCAAAAACAGGACCAUUUUGUUAAAAAAGAAUUCCCCAGGGACUAUUUGGAAAGAAAGAUAAUUUUCUCUAAAGGAUCUGUUGAACGUGCUAAAGUAAAGUUGGACAGAAAUUGCACAUUGAAGACUUUAUUGCCAACAUUCUAUACAAGAAUUAACUUUAAACAUGAUUACAAAGAAUCAAAUACUAUUAUAGAUGCAAUAUUACCAAAACUAACAGACGACAACUAUAGAUGUUAUGCACUUAAGAGCAUUGGCAAACGUUUUGAUAAUGGUUUCACAAACUACUUUCGCUUUUCUCUCUCCAUGAUCGAGUAUAUAGCAGCAUACGAUUACUGUAAAGGUUUAAUAGCAAUUUUAGAUUACAGGGAUACAAAUUUAAUGGAAAUGAUAAAGAAAAUCGACAUCACCGAACUACGGCAAUUUAUUACUUUAUUAACAGAAGGCUACGGUAUGAAAAUAAAGGGUAUGCAUAUUAUCCAUACUUCUAAAGCGAUAGAUACAUUGGUGACGAUAGUAAAGCAAUGUGUCAGCGCAAAGAUAGGACAACGUAUACAAGUGCACAAAGACAUGGAAUCUUUGCACAAAUUCGUACAAAAAGAUAUUUUACCAAAAGAAUUUGACGGGAACGAGAAAUCACUGUUUGAACUACACGAUGAUUGGUUAAAUGUUCUAAGCUCAGAAGAGUUUCAGGAAUACUUUGAAAACAUUAGAGAAGCCACCACAAAUGAAAUGUACAGACAAACAGACAAAUUCAACAACGAUUACAUGGGCAUGGCAGGAACAUUCAGAACUUUUAUUGUUGAUUAAAAUUGCUUUUAAAUAACCGCUGAGAGGUUUUG